GUUUAUUUGAACAGCAGUUUGCUCCGAUAAAUAAGUUAACUGUGUUGCACUUGUCCAGACAAGCAACAAGAAGUGAACAUCAGCCAAAUAAUGAAGUUUGGAAUAAUUUCAUCGUUUUUGACAGUCGCUUACUUAUGCACAGGGACAAAUGGUAAGACAAUCAAUCUGUUUAUCUCCGCCAUCAGUUUAUGUUGCAUCCGCGUUUAUACUGAUUUGUGCGUGCAUGUGUGGGUGUGAAAAUUUGUGGGAAUAAUAGAAAUUGGUUAAAUAUGUCUAAUUUGGAUAAAAAAUUAGACGAAGGAUUAGGUAGAGUAAACCAAAUGCGAAAAUAGCCCACUAUGAUAUAAUUUAUGCAUGAUACAUAAAUCAAUUCUUCGGCGGUGUACAUAUGUGUACAGUAUGUGGGUGAUAGCUUAUUAGUAACCCUACACAGUAGCACGAGAACCCACGAAUAGCCUAACUAACUGAACGACAGAUUCCUACUCGUUCGUAUGAUAGAUAUUUUCUAUUAUGGCUAUGGGAUAAAAUCAUUAUAAAGCUCGUAAACUUUCGUGCAUAUUAAAUAUAUCAAACCAUACUGACCGUGAUGGUAGCGGUGUUUUGGGGAAGUAAUGCAAUCAAUACAGCAAUAAAUCACAUACAUUGGUUAUUGCUGUUUACACCGGUAGAAACAGCAGUGUAUACAGUCUACCCUAGAGAACCAUAUUUCCUUCUCUUCGUACUUUGGCAAAGGCAUUCGAUAUAUAUACGGGGACGCCGGAACGAUAAAAAGACAAGGGGGGGCAAACGCGCACCAAAGGGCACCUCUAUAGACCCCGGUAAAGAUAUAAACUUACAAUUAUGUGGUAACUUGCCAAUGAAAACAAACGCACUUAAUCAGGUCACAUUCAAGAUCACAACUCAUGAUUUUGCCCAAAAAACAUCACUGGAAAUGUGAUUUAUCAGGUAGUAUUUUAUAACUCAAAGGGCACCCUUGCCCACCUUGUCCUUCCUAGCAAAAGGCAAGAGGGCAAUUGCCCCCCCCCCCAGUUCCGCCGUCCCUGGAUAUAUACACCUUAACAAUAUUACAAUACACAUUCCCGUACAUUCAACAUCAGCAAAGCCAAAGACAUUCGCGGAGCUAAUUUCCUACGUUUUGGCCAUUUAUGAUACUUUUCAGAUACACUCUCGCUGUAGAGCAAGUAUCCUUUUCGUGUGUCAUCACUAUGAAGCGUCGCCUUUCAAAUCUAGAAAGUCCUUAUCAUUUGUCUUUUUAUCAAACUCUUCACAAAGAAAACUAACAUCUCGCCUUCUCAAACUAGAUAUCCUCUUUCCAUGCAGAUACAUGCAUGCAGAAACCGCUCGCCUUGCUGACAAAAUCAUUAGGCAUUGUAUUUUCCAAACAUGAAAUAUUUAAAGUAGUGCCAUGGUAACACGAUAAUUUUGUUAAGAAUAUUUUUGCAAAAUUAUCAAAUUUAAUUACAAAAUUAAUUACAAAAUUAAUUACAAAAUUAUCAAUUACAAAUUUAAUUACAAAAUUAUCAAUUCCCAAACAUGUAUAUGUUAGGUAUGUUAUUAUACGUAAUAUAAGCUUCAAUUUAAGGUAGGCCUAAAUUCAACCUCGAACAAUUCGCAACACGUUUUUAAAUGUUCCUUAGGCGAGACUUUUUUUAUUCAUUCAGUUUACGGAUGCGCCGACCGUAAAUAUUAUGCAGAAAGUAAAAAAUGAAUUUGGAUGUCAACAAUUUUACACUUUUAGUUAAUUGGGCGCUCUGACAUGAAGUAUAGACCAAGUAAACUUUGACUCUAAGUACUACUAGCUCAUGUUAUCGUUGUGACAAUCGAUCAUGGAGAUUAGUCAUGUUUAUUGCAUUUUUGAAGUUAAUGUUAAGAAAUUCAAGUAUUAAAUUUGGUAAUCAUUUAUACUGAGUGUGUGUUUUAAAAUUUUUUUUCCAACCUACCGAUCUGUUUUUUUUAAAGUCAAAUCCGUAAACCAAUAAAUAAAAAAGGUCGAUCUCGCCUUAUAAAACUAAACUGCCUUUAUCAAAAUUAGAGUUUGAAAUAAAAUCAUUUCAAAUCCUCGCAUUCAUACAAGUUUGCUUCCUUGUUUAUUUAAAAAUGUUAAUAUCAUAGACAAGGGUAAUCAAUAAAGAAACAUUGAAAUUAAAUGCUGUCUUUUUCAUUUAAAAUAUACGCAACGAUCAGCUUUUAAAGCAAUUAUCAAGCGAACAAUAAAUCAAUAUUUAAAACAAACCUACCUUCGUUAACGUCGGAGCCUUUACUCCCUUCUUUUAGCAAUUCUUUCGCCUUUAUUUUCUUAAAAAGCUUUUGAAAUUCACAUAUCUUGCAAAAAUGAAAUAUGAUCAUCAAUUCAAGAAAUGCUUGCUAUUUCACUGUCGUCAUGCAGUCGUUAUAAUGCAAAUUUCAAAUUUGACCAAUCAGUGUUCGCUAUUCUUGACAGUCAGCCGUAAUUUUGAGAUCAGUGAGGAUGACCACCCACCGUUGGUCACCCACGCCAGCGAUUAUUGAUGAACUUCAGACUUCGCUAAUAGUCCAGUCAAUCUGUGAACAGUGGUCAAAGAAAUUGCAAUAGAAUUUUUCUCAGCGGUAAAAUGUGAGGGAAGGUGUCCCGAUUAACAUAUUAAAAGUUCCAAAAAAUCCCUUCGGUGGAACAUGGUGAAAAUCAAGUUUUUCUUACUUCUACCUAUAGAAAACCAUUGUGGACAGAAUGUUCAAAUUUUGAAAUCAUUUUUAGGCAAAUGUAACCUACAUUAUUGGAAAGGUUAAACAAAACUAUAUAAAGGUCAAUUAAACCGUUAUAUUCAAUUUACUGGUCAGUUUGUCGUUAUUCUAGCUCAAAUUUGGAACAAUAGCGCAAAAUUUGCACAAAAUACAAAUUUUUUGGCAUACUAAAUCUUGUAUAACCUGGGCUGGAUAGGCAAAAGCAAGGUAACCGUUUAAUGAUCUAUAUUUAGUUUUUUCUAAGCUUUCCAAUGAUGCAUGUUAUAUUUGCAAAAAUAUAAUUUCAAAAUUUCAACAUUUUGUCCGCAAUGGUUUUCUAUAGGUAGAAGUAAGAAAAACUUGAUUUUCACCAUGUUCCACCGAAGGGAUUUUGGAGAUUUUUAAUAUGUUAAUCAGAACAACGUUUCACACACUUUACCACGAUUGCGACUACUUUGAUCAGGACCAUGUACUUAUAGUGAUUUGACUGGACUAUAAUGCUUUCGUUUUCCCGGGUGUAAAUAGCCGGGCGGAAUUAGUAUCCUUGCCCCGGGCUUACGCUUGGAACGGCGCUCCGCGCCGUUGGCUAGCUCGGGGAUGAGGUAUCUGUUGAAAAAUAUUCGACCCGAAAAUGCAAAUAGAUUCAUAAAGCUUGUGUAUUAUGAAUGUAAACAAGCAACGUGUGGAUCUUAGUGUAAUUUACCACAACAAUGGACUUUGUAACUUGCUGCAUACUUUUCCUUGUUCAAAAACAACCACAAUGUCCAUUAAGUCGGAUAAUUUCCUCGCUCUCGGUAUUGUUGUAAGUGUAUUAAUAUUUCAUCUUAAGUUAUUAAUUGGGACUUUCAUACUUGAGUCACUUUCUCAUAUUUCUGCAUUUAUUUAUUUUUGUUCAGUUAUUGCAAGUCAGGGAUGCCCAAAAGACUGGAAAAUAUAUGGCAAUUCCUGCUAUCUAUUUGUCAUGCGACAAAUGAGCUGGGGAGACUCCAGAGCAAAUUGUUUAGCAUUUGGAGCUGAUAUGGUUUCUAUCCUUGAUUCCGCAGAAAAUGAUUUUAUUUACCAGCAAACCAAAAAUGUUAGUGCAACAUCCGAAUUCUGGAUUGGAUUAAUCCGCAAGAAAACGACCAUUGAUCCAAAAGAUGGCUGGGUAUGGAGUGAUGGCCGUGAUUUUACAAAUUCACAGUGGAGGCAGGGCGAACCAAAUAACGACGGAAACGUUCAUGAAAAUUGUGCCGAGCUUUUAAAAGAUGGCAAUAGGGCAAGGUGGAAUGAUAAUGAUUGUGCUAAAUCAUUUUCUUCCAUUUGUAAAAAGAAUAAAGGUACGUAACUUGGCAAGCUCGAUAUACACGGUACCGACUUGUUGAAAAAAAUUAAAAUAAUGACAAAUUAAGCAGUUCGUUGAUAUUUUCCGUUCCUACUAGUUUGACAUAGAAUUGUAUGCGACUGUCGCGAGUUUAAUUAAUGUGAGAAGAAAAAUUUUGAUUUGGUAAGGAUGCGAGCGAAUCCAUUAACUGUCAACUUUCUUCCUUUCAGUUUUCAAACUAGCGUAUUAAAAUUUGAAUUAAUCACGAACAGCCGACACGAGAGCUUGGAUUCUGAAAUACCCCCACAAGCCCAAUAAUUUUCACGAGAAUGUUUGCUGUAUAUAGUGAGGUAACAAAGUUGAAUUUAGCUAUACCAAGAGUUAUCUGCAGACACCCAACUCCACGAUAUAUAGCUGACAUCAAACUUUCCGAACCAUCUAAACCACACAAGACUGAGGCUAGCUCGCGCUCUAUUUAUAAGGAGGGAAGGAAGGAAAGAUAUGCAACCAAAAUAGGCAGACUUAACAUAUGGCACACGAAACUAUCCUCGAUUUUUCGCCUUUAAAUGCAUUUUCUUCAAGAAUAAUCGAUAUUCCCUGCAAGAGUAAUACAGUAUAACUCUUAAAACAACGAUGCUUUAAUCAAACAGUUUAAAUUCGCUUUUAAAAAAACCCUGAGGGAAUGACAACAUUCGGCCAAAAUAUAUCCGCGUGCAAAUUUGCUGGACAACUCAAAAUACACUCAAACCAAAUUGGACAACGCAACGAAUAUCCACAAACGUUUCAAAUUUUUCUCCACUCCCAAAAAAUAAGAAAUGGUUGUUGAAAUUCGUUGUCCAAUCAGGUUUGAGUGUAUUUUGAGUUGUUCAAAGACUUCCGGUUUUUAUCCAGCAAAUUUUCACGCUGAUAUAUUUUGGCCGAAUGUUGUCAUUCCCCAACGGAUUUUAGAGCGAAUUUAAGCUCUUUGAUUAAAGGAUCGUUGUUUUGAGAGUUCUACGGUAUCAUCCUUGCAGGGAAUAUCGAUUAAUCUUGAAGGAAGUGCAUUUAAAGGUGAAACGUCGAGGAUAGCUUCGUGUGACAUAUGCCAAGUUUGGGCUAUUUUGGUCGGAUCUCUCCUUCCUUCCCUCGUUAUAAGGAAGUCACACGCGGGCAAAUAGAACCUGGACUCCCUGUGACAAAACUUGAAUUUAAAUCAAUACUCUUUUUUACGCGCAGCAAUUUGCGGUUUGUUACUUCUAAAGUAAAACGUUUAGUUAUACUCUGUACGGUUGCGCAGUUCACUAUCUUUGUGCAUCUUUACUUUCGUACUUACUAGGUUUCUCUACCCUUUAGUCUUUGGGACAAAAUAUAUUUCUGAACCUUUAAACAUUCUGGAUGCAUUUUUACUUGCAACAACAGUAGGCGAAGUGCCACGUUGUAGCAUUACGCACCACUCGAAAAUGACAUUCAGGCACGAUUACUGAGUAGACAAGAAAAACAUGCAUGAGUUUCUAUGGAUUUAUUUAACAUGACGUAUUAAUAAACGGGCAACACUGAAUGCAGACUCGUGGUGAGCGUCACAUGUUGUCGCAGCAACAUGAUAAUUUUUCGUUAUUGUAAUAUUUACGUUUUGUAAGCUUUGAUUUGAUAUAUGAUCUAAUUAAACUGAAAAGCUUCGUAAAAUAUUUUGAAAUGUUGAUUCAACUAAACUGCGUUUGCGGAUAAGCUAUUUUUAACUUAGUGAAACAAAAUAAGAAUCGAUAAGAACCAAAAACAUUCACAGAAUAACACUUUUGGUGUUCAUUCAACUGCUUGAAAUUAACUGUGCAUAUUUAUAGUGGUCAAGUUCACGACAAGAAGAAAGCAGUGCAUUGUAGCUCUGAGAAAGCAUUAGUAAGCAUUGUUGGCGAUUAUUCGCACGUUCACAUUAAUUAUAUAUUUGGUUGGCCGCACACAUGCAUAUUAACAUGUCUAUAUCAAUUGCUUGAUCACCUUAAUGAUCUGAGUAUAUAUUAUCCAAUGAAAAAAUGGGUUCUGGCAUUUCUUUCGUGCAAAUCAAUUUAUGGGUGUUUCAUUCAAACAUUAAUGCAUAUAUCACUGUUUCAAAAAUCAACAAUUUUAUUAAAUUACUUUUUCAGUGAAUGCAACUCAAGGAUGUCCAAAAGACUGGAAGGAAUUUAGCGCUUCGUGCUAUUUCAUACCCUAUACAAAAGCGCGAGAAAUGAGCUGGGAAGACUCAAGAACAAACUGCUUAGGAUAUGGGGCAGAUCUUGUUUCCAUUCUUGAUUCCAACGAAGUUGAUUUUGUUCACAAGAGAAUAAUCCAACUAGGGAAGUAUAAUUUCUGGAUUGGGUUACUUCGUAACAAAACUAAAAAGGAUGCCUGGAUCUGGAGUGACGGCAAUAAGUUAACAAAUCCUCAGUGGAUUAAGAACGAACCAAGUAACUCUGGGAUGAUUGAAAAUUGCGCCAGUCUUUCCGCAUAUGGCAAUUGGACAGAAUGGAAUGAUGUUAAUUGUGCCUACUUAUAUUCUUCUGUUUGCAAAAAAGAAAAAGGUAACUCAUGCCCGUCUUUUCCACGUAAUACCGAAAUUCUAAAAAUAUGUAAAAAUAAUUAUCUAUAACCAAUAUCAUACACAAUCACAUUUACAUUUAAUAACACAUCAUACUAUACAAAUCUUCGUUAUAACGAUUCUACAUUCGACUGAGUCAUUUCUUCCGGGCCACUCUUGCCAAACACGAACUGCCCAGAUAGUGUUGCAUGUGUCUUGUCACCAUAUAAGGUAUCUUCUCCAUACGCAUUUUUCAAGUUUCUUUUCUUUUUUCUCUGUUUCGUUUAAGCACUCGGAAUCCCGAUGCUUCUUCAUUUGCUUGCAUUAAUCUCUUUCCAAAAGUCAACAUUUUCUUCUGAAAACGUUUUUAACCUCAUUUUCAUAUGGCCCCAUGCAUGGUAACAAAAGUAAUAAUACACAUAAAAAUAUUACUCGACUGUGAUUGGUCGAGUUCAGUGCAGUUAAUCCCAAACAGCCGUGCAAAAAUCUGUAACCACAGUGCAAUUUUCUGUAAUCUCAAUGCAAUUUUCUGCAAUCACGAUGCACCUAUCUGUUAACACAGUGCAAAAAUUUGUAAAAUACUGAUCUGAUUGGUUGAAAAAUAAUGUGAUGAUAAAAUCAACCGAUCAGUAUAAAGCAGUCCUCAAGUAACGGUCACAGCUUGCUUCAAAACAAAACAAACAUGGCGCUGCGCUACAAAAAGUAAAAAAUGACGUAUUUUUUCUCUUUAUAAAUAAAAAUAACCUUUACUUUAUUAAUCAAGACUAACAAAAGUUGCAUAUUUGAGUGAAAUUUUCAAACUAUGGAAAAAUGUCAAGUUUUCGAUGUUGCAAAUUAACAGCAAAAAUUUUCGCAAACACCUUCUAGCCAAUUUGCACCUAUAAAUUCAAAAGCCCUUUUAGCCUUCCAUGUUUGUGCGCAAUGUAUUUUUAGCGGCAAAGCACCGAAACACCUUUCGUACCGCGGGGCACUGUUUUAGUGCAUGUGUUUAUAGACGCAUUUAAAUUUGAAUAAUGCGAACAUGUACGAACAACUUAUGAGCUAACAUUGGUCCAAUGAUUUCUUGUUUUUUUCAGCAAUAGAAUUAGUUGGUUGUUUUGCAUAUCCUGAACUUCCACAGCAAAAUAUAUUGAAACGCAUGUAUAAACGCUAUUAAUAAUAAUGUUUGCCAAAAUGAAGAAUAAAAUAUGUAUAAAAAUAGAGGUUUAAUAUUCCCGUAACCGAAUUUUGAUUUCAUUCUUAAAAUUCAGUUCACACAGAGAUGCGUAUGCGGGAAAGGUGACUGGCGGUUCUGGAACUAAAACAUUCCCGAAACUCGAAAUUAGUAAAUCCCUGCUAUCAGAAUCACAGUUUUGUAGUUCAUUUCAAGCUAUACCCAUUCCUCUUUUUAUAUACUUCAUUAAAAUUAUUGCAAAAUGACCCUGCAUUACUUACUCUUUGCCUCGAAGCUGAACCUCGAUAAGCGAUACUCAAUAUUAUCAUGCAUUCAUACAAUAAACAAAGACCUAGCAUUUACGAAACUUCUACAAACAUUUCUUUUCAGGAACUCAGGAAUGCCCCAAUGGCUGGAAAAAGUAUCAUAACUCAUGCUAUUUGUUUGUCAUACCUAAGAAAGUAAUCCGAAAAAUGAGCUGGGAAGACUCCAGAGCUGUCUGCUUAGGUCACGGAGCUGACAUGAUUUCUAUCCUUGAUUCCUCGGAAGUAGAAUUUGUUCACGGGCAAACAAAUACAGAUGCCCUAAAAAACUAUAAAUUCUGGAUUGGAUUAAUCCGUAAGGAAAAGACCUGCGAUGAUAAGGAUGGCUGGAUAUGGAGUGAUGGCAAUAAAUUUACAAAUCCGCGGCAGUGGAGCGAAAACGAACCGAAUAGCUGCCAGGAAAAGUGUACCGAAUUUCUUGGAAGUAUCAGAAAGUGGAAUGAUAACAAUUGUGCAAAAACAUUCGCUUCAAUAUGCAAGAGGACUAAAGGUAACUUACAAAAUGCCGGUAUAAGAGUAUUAUAAUUGUAUAAGAUUAUCAUUGGCGCGUUUUUGGUUUCUAAUAAGCAUAUUUUGAGAUGGUAUUGAUAUAAUAUAUAUAGUGUCUUUUCAAUUUCGUACUGUAGCAUUGUCCAGAUACCAUGUUCCACUUUGAAAAUGGGCAACAUCAAUAAAGAGCAUGUCGGUAUUUAAUAGCGUUUUAGAGAUACAAGCGUGACGUCGGUGGCCAACUCGAAAGCUUAUGCUUCUUUGGUCACCGUGCACAAUUUCAAUAUUAUAAUUUAAAACUUUUUAAGGUAAUUCCACAGUGUUGCAUUGCGCACUUUUACUGCACACAUUUUAUAACUUAUAAUUUCGUCUAUUAUACGUACCGUUUAAAAAUAAAUCAUUUUAUGACAAUUUUUUGUUACUUCAAAACAUCUUUGCUUACAUUCGCCAUUUGGGCAAAGAAUUGCGUUAAAAUCAAUGUUUUCAAAAAAGGCAUAUAAAAGCGUAGCUAGGGUUUCUGUGUCUGUAUUAUUUAUUUACUUGUAUUUCACAUUUUUAUGCCACAAUUCUCUAAAACGAUCGGUAACCCCCGUUUUUUAACUGAUAAUUUGUUUCUUUAAUGCAUUUUACAUUUCAUAUCCGAAAUUAAAAGAAAAAUCAUUUCUGGAUCUUGAAAAACAUCCUUUAUCAAUGCAUGUUCUCACAGACAUGUAAAGAAAUGUGGAAAAGACAUUUGUGGAUCAGAAUUGUACACGUUAGUAGUUUCAUUUUGUUCAAAACACAAUAUUUUUUCAAAAAUAAUUACAAGAUAGGUUUACUAAAGCAAAACUCGCACGAAAAACGUCAAUAAAUAUCGGGCUGUUGUGAUUUUGCUGUUACUCGUAAUGAGCGUCAAGAUGGCGCCAUAUUGGGGUAAAGGUGAUAUAUUGUGAUUGUCAUAUCUUCUUAACGAGUUCGGUGACCCCGACUUUUUCGUGUGUUUUUACUUUAAGCAUAUCAUAAACUCCAUGCCUGGAAAGUUUCAGCACAUUCUCAUUUACUGUACUGGAACAAUUACUGGGGAAUUACCUUAAUACCGAAUAGACAUGAAUAUCUUUUCUAAUGUAAUGCAUACGCCAAAUAGUGUGAAUAAAUUAAACUUGAACUUACGAACGAAUACGGCCAAGGAUUUUCGAAUGUAAGUAAUGUUUUUCUUUGUGCGCCCGCAAGCCAAGAACACAUUGAUAUGUUUGUUUUGUAAGAUAUUCACUAAACUACUGUAUUUUCGGAUGUAGUUAUUCCAGACACAACUAUGUCUCCUACUGCUGGAACUCUUCCCUCUACUAAAGGU